GGGAGCUGGCGGCGGAACUAGGAACGCCUGGGCAGUUGUGGGCGGUGUGUGUCUCGGGGGCGGGACCGGCGACGCGGAGCUCCGAGAGCCAGCGCUGGGCUGCGGGCGGCAGGGGCCAGCGCCCCGAGACAGAGGCCGAAGGUGGCGCGCGCUGCUGGGAAGUGCUGGGGGUGGGGUCACCUGCUCCCGCCGUGCCCGCCCGCCGCUUCUCAGCUGAGCGCAGGCGAGGCUGCUGGGGUCGGAGCGCGGUGCUCCGGCCAGGUCCGUGUUCCCGCUCGCCGCGUCCUGCCGAGCGACCCUGGAAUACGUGUCCAGAUGUCCACCUGGCUGCCACAGGGGAUCCCUUUGGGAGACUGAAGGACAGGCUCCCAGGCCAAGGUUGAGGCCAACCAGUCCUGAGCUUUAGGCCAGGGGAAUGGCAGCACCCCCGGAGCCUCAGGACGAGGCCCCUGGGGAGAGAGAAGGGCUGCUGAUUGUGAAGGUGGAAGAUUCCUCCUGGGAGCAGGACUCUGCCCAGCAAGAAGACAACAGGGAUUCUGAGGUCUGUCGCCAGCGCUUUCGGCAUUUUUGCUAUAGGGAUGUGGGCGGGCCCCAUGAGGCCUUCAGUCAGCUCUGGGAGCUCUGCUGCCGCUGGCUUCGGCCGGAGCUGCACACCAAGGAGCAGAUCCUGGAGCUGCUGGUGCUGGAGCAGUUCCUGAGUGUGCUGCCCGGAGGCGUCCAGGACUGGGUUCGAGAGCGGUGUCCAGGGAGUGGCGAGGAGGCCGUUGCGUUGGUGGAGGUCCUGCAGAAACAGCCAGUGAAAGCAUGGCCGCAGGAAGUGCCCUCAGAGGACGUGGAACCUGAGGCUCCAGUCCAGGGACCCCAGGCCAAGGGGCUUCCCAUGAAGGUGGGGGCACGAAGCUGGCCACCUGUACCUUGGGAGCAGCACAGCCAUGGUGCCCAGCUUCCUGCUCUUAAAGAAGGGAGUACCAGAGAGACAACCGAUACCUGCUUUACCUCUGAGGCCCAUGGACCUGUGACAUUUGGAGACAUUCCUUUCUAUUUCUCCCGGGAAGAGUGGGGGUCCCUGGACCCUGCUCAGAGGGAACUCUUUUGGGACAUAAAGCGAGAGAACUCCCGGAAUGUUGCCCUGGGUGUGGGGCUCCAGAGCCAAAGCGAGCGAUCCGGGCUGGAGGAGGCGGUGACGGCGCUGCCGGGCCAGGCCGGCGGUGGCGGCGGCGGCGGGCGNNNNCCCGCGCGCCGGCGGCCGCUGCGAGACCUGGCAGCCGAGAAGCCGCACAGCUGCGGCCAGUGCGGCAAGCGCUUCCGCUGGGGCUCGGACCUGGCGCGCCACCAGCGCACGCACACGGGCGAGAAGCCGCACAAGUGCCAGGCGUGCGAGAAGAGCUUCCGCAGCUCGUCGGACCUGCUGCGCCACCAGGGCGUGCACACGGGCCAGAAGCCCUUCUCCUGCUCCCAGUGCGGCAAGAGCUUCAGCCGCAGCGCCUACCUGGCCGACCACCAGCGCAUCCACACGGGCGAGAAGCCCUUCGGCUGCAGCGAGUGCGGCAAGAGCUUCUCGCUGCGCUCCUACCUGCUGGACCACCGGCGCGUGCACACAGGCGAGCGGCCCUUCGGCUGCGGCGAGUGCGACAAGAGCUUCAAGCAGCGCGCCCACCUCAUCGCCCACCAGAGCCUGCACGCCAAGAUGGCCCAGCCUGUGGGCUGAGGGCUGGCGAGGGCCCUGCGGCCGACCCGGAGUGGGGGCUGGGGGGGAUGGUGUCCCCAGGGCGAAGCAGCCACAGGCCCCCCGGUGUUCUCUCUCCCCAUCUGCGGCCUCCAUCCUGGCUGCCUGCCCCGCCUCGCCCCUAGGCCUAGCCUACACUCCCAGGGAAUGGAAAGUCCCCACCACCUCGCGGCCAUUCCCCUUCUUGCUUCCCGGGUUUCUCUUGUCCUUUGGCUUCCUGGUGCCCCAGCACAUUCCUGGCCCGUGGCCUCAGCGUGGGAGAAAGGCCUGGGCGUCAGGGAAGUGUGAGGACUCUGGCAGGGCCUGGGGUCCCCCACCCCCCGGCCUUGCUUGCCCCAUGGCUCUUUGUUGCCGGCCAUGUCAGCUGAGUCCGUGGGCCGGGCCCUCUGCCCUGCCAAGCUGUGCCUUCUGGUGGGUGUGGAGGACAGGCCUUGACCUGCAGGAUGCUUCUGGGUUCUGGGAGGGACAGCCCAUCCCUGGGAGGAUCUGGGUCCUGGGUGUGGCCACGGGCUUUCCAGCCCCAUCCCUCCCCAUUUCCAGGCCGUGACCACUUUGCCCCGCCUGGAGACAUGGAAACUGCCUGCCUCUGCUCGAAGCUGACUUGCCCCCAAGCAAGUCCCUGAGAGCGACCCCUGCCAAUCUGGUGUGGGUGGUGGCGGCUCCAGGGACAGGAAGCCCACACUGAAGACCAAGGACAGGGCUGGUGGAGGCUGGCUGCUCCCCGCUGCUCCCCUCUCCAGAGGUGUGGGGUUUGUGAUACUUAACACUAGCACUCUGUUAGCGCUUUGUCGCUGACUCCCUAAGCACUGCAUUCCAUGGUGCCGUCCGCAUUGUCUGCAGGUGGGCAUUUGCAGGGACAGACCACAGGCUCUCCAAAGGAGCUCAGCUCUGCUGGUCUCAAAAGGGCAGCAGAAGAUGUUGAAUAAAUAACGGAAGCUUC